CCUUGUCAUUUGUAGUGCUGUCAGUCACGAGUGUUGGUGAAACGGGUGCUGAUAACAACGUCAGUCAGAAUGGCUCCUCCUCUUCAUCUGAUCUUUCUGCUCAUGAUUCACAGGGUUUCUAGUGCUGAUUGGGGUGUGAGUUACAGUCCUUCACACAUCUGUGCACUAAAGGACUCAUCAGUGAUAAUGAGCUGCACUUAUACAUACCCUGCUGGAUAUCAGAUCAAGAAAGUCUUCUGGACAAAAGGCACUGUAAAAAAGGGUGUUGAGUCUCCAGAUCUGUCUGAGGACCCUGAAUACAGUCAGAGGCUUCAGUAUCUGGGAGAUAAACAGCAGAACUGCACUAUGAGACUGAGUCAUGUGACACUGAAGGAUUCACACAAGUACUAUUUCAGAUUCAUCACCAAUAUAACAGAAGGAAAAUGGUUUGGUAAACCAGGAGUGACUCUUGCUGUCACAGAUCUUCAGGUGGAGUCUCCUGAGAGAGUGACAGAGGGAGAUUCAGUCCGUCUGACAUGUAAAAGCAGCUGCACUCUGACUGACAGAGCAACAUUCAUCUGGUACAGAAACUCACAGCCAUUAACUGAGAGAAGAGACAGAAACAAUGAACUCCUGCUGCAGUCAGUCAGAAGAGAGGAUGCAGGCAGAUAUAGCUGUGCUGUACAAGGACACAAUCACACCUCUCCUGCUGUUCAGCUCAAUAUCGUGUAUGCACCAAACAGCAUCUCAGUGUCCAUCAGUCCAUCUGGUGAAAUGGUGUCAGGAGAUUCAGUGACUCUGAUCUGCAGCAAUGAUUCAAACCCUGCUGCUCUGAACUUCAGCUGGUUUAAACGAGGAACAUUUGUAGGAUCUGGAAGAAUCUACAACAUCUCAAAGAUCAGCUCUGAUGACAGUGGAGAAUACAAGUGCAGAUCCAGAAAUGAACAUAAUGAGUCAUACUCUGAUACUGUGAUGUUAAACGUCAUGUACCGACCGAGGAACAUCUCUGUGCUCAUCAUUCAGUCUGGUCAGAUUUGGGCAGGAGAUUCAGUGACUCUGAUCUGCAGCAGUGAUUCAAACCCUCCUGCUCUGAACUUCAGCUGGUUUAAGGAGAAUAAAAGCUCAGCUGUUGGAUCUGGACAGAGUUUCAGUGCACUACAGAGUGGACGCUUCUACUGUCAGGCUUACAAUCAACAUGGAUCUCAGAGAUCAGACGCUGUAACUGUGACUGUUAAAGGACAUCUGGUGAUAUUAUACAUAUCCAUUGGAGUGGUUUGUGGAGCUGCAGUGAUCAUCAUGAUGCUGAUUUGGGGAAUCAGGUGGAUGAAAGAGAGAAAUAACACACAGGAGUCUCAGAUGGUUCAUUCCAGACCUCAUCAUGACAGACACAAAUCUUGUGAUGUUGAAUUGAAUGAACCUGUGUAUGAGAAUGUUACGGCUGCUCAACUUGAUGAUUGUAAAUCCGAACUGAACUCGUCUGUGUAUGAAAAUCUUCCACAUUACAACAAGAGGCUGUAAUGUUUUAAACACACAGUAAAUAUUACAGCCUUUAUGCAUCUCUUUGUGGGCGGAGCCCUGAAUGAUUGACAGGAGUGCCAUGAUGACAUGUGAUUGAAGUAAUUUGGGGAUCAUUUUAUAGAUGGAUGGGCAACAAUGGAAGCAAAAGGUUAAUGAAUUGAUGUAAAAGUGUGUAAUCACUGAAGUGUGUUUUUCUUUAUGCUUUGUAUCACGUAUGAAGCUUACUUCAUUUACAUUAUUAAUGUUUUUAACCUUAAAGGUGCAAUAGGUAAUUUUAUACAGAAACAUUUUUUUGUAAAACUGGUUGAAAGUCUCCUCAUAUCCUGAUAGCAAUCACUAUGUUAAAUGGUCUAAAUGUAUUUUUAUAAGUAUAUAUCAUCUGUGGAAGGUGUAGGACCAUAAAAUGUUCGUUCAAUCAUUAUAUUCGGUCUGAAUGAAAUGAUACAAUGUCAGUGCAAUUUUGCACUGUACAUUGACUUUGUUUGUUCGAAGUUUAGUUAACAAAAAAAAAAGAGUUUAUGUAGGAAGACAUCAGUCACAGAGCACGACAAACAAACAGCAGCCACCUUUUUUGCAGUUCCUACCAAAUAAAAAAAUCAGCUUAUGCUGCGUUCACACCAUAACUACUCUAACUAAGAGGUGGCAACCCGUGACGUUCUAACUGGUGCAGUUCACGUCCUCAGACUCGGAUUUAUGCGGUUCUAUGUCAACAGUAUCAGCACUGAAAUGAAUCUGCAGCAGUCAGGUACAAGCUCUCUAAGUUGUUUAUGUAUGUUCAUUUUUAUUGUAAUGUUAUGUGCUUUGAGACAUGAGGUAGUUUAACGCCACCUCUUGUGACGCUUUGCCGAGUGUUUUUUUUUUGUGUGUUUUGGAGGAGGCGCACCUUUAAGUAUCAGUAUUGUUCAUGUUUCCAAUGAAAAGCAGGAAAAUAAUGAUCUCGUUGUACAAUUCACACUUUUCUGUCAUUCAAUAAUAUAUAUGAUAUUAAAGAGCAUUACAUUUAGAGACUGCAAGAGAAAACCAAUUAUCUAGUCAGAUUAUUAAUAUAAUGAUUAUAAUACUACACAAAAUUACACUCACAAUCUUGCUGUGGUUCGGAACAACAACAUUUCAAUAAAGAAGUCUACUUACUAAUAAAGAAGCAACUUGCGUUUCAACCUGCCUGUCAUCGUGUCUCAUCCCUGCCUACUGUUUGGACUGUGUUCUCCUCCUCAUCUUGUCUUGUAAAAUAAACCUGUUACACUCAA